UAGAGAGUCUUUGAAAUAAGUCGUCCUCCGUUAUUCACUCAUCGUAUCGUCCACACAUCCUUGCAUUUGCUCUCCCUCUGCCACUGCCACUGCCCUGCCCCAUACCCACACCCAUACCCAUACCUUAUCAAUAUGGAUACCCAAAUACCCAAACCCACCCGACAUCACCAUAGCCAUCAGCGUCUGGUACUCCCCUGGAAGACGCGCAUCACUCUCUUCUUCCUCAAUACCUUCAACGACGCCGCCCGACGCCGCGAUGGCACCAUCAACCGUCGACUUUUUAGUUUGCUCGAUUCCUUCAGCCUCAAGACGCCUCCCAACCCCAAACCCCGCAACGGCGUCAAGACCUUUGACAUUACCGUCGAUCCUUCCCGCAACCUCUGGUUCCGACUCUUCGUCCCAUGUUAUCCUGAAUCUGAAUCUGAUCCGCAGCUCCCCAUCGUCGUCUUCUUCCACGGUGGUGGCUUCGUCUAUCUCGCCCCCGAUUUCAAGGCCUACGACGAUGUUUGCCGCCGUUUCGCACGCGAGAUCCCUGCGGUUGUCGUCUCCGUCAACUACCGUCUGGCCCCCGAAUACCGCUACCCAGCUCAGUACGAGGACGGAUUCGACGUUCUCAAGUUCCUAGACGAACAGAGUCAUAUCCUACCCAAAAAUGCUGAUCUGUCACGUUGUUUCCUGGCGGGAGAUAGCGCCGGAGGGAAUUUGGCGCACCACGUGACUAAGCGUGCUUGCGAGUCAAAAUUUACACACCUCAAGGUAAUUGGAUUGAUGGCCGUACAACCCUUUUUUGGAGGAGAGGAACGUACCAAGUCGGAGAUAGAACUGGCGGAGGUUGAUGUAAUAGUGUCAAUGAAGAGGACUGAUUGGAUGUGGAAGGCAUUCAUGCCGCCUGAGUCAGGAAUGGACCGUGACCAUGAGGUUAUCAAUGUCAGCGGCCCCAGGGCGGCCGACAUAUCCAAAUUGGAUUUUCCGGCAACAAUGGUGGUGGUGGCUGGCUUUGACUCACUCAAGGACUGGCAAACCAGGUAUUAUGAGUGGCUCAACACCUCCGGCAAAGAGGCCCAUCUCAUCCACUACCCUAAUAUGUUUCAUGCUUUUUACAUUUUUCCUGAGAUUCCUGAAUCUACUCAACUCAUUUCCGAGAUCAAACACUUCAUCCACAACCAGUGUUCCAAGGUUGUCAAGUAGCCCUUUACCUUUAUGUUAUUAUAUAUGUAGCUUGUACGUAGUUUAAUUUGUUUGUACGCACCAACAGACAAUGUAUGGUUACCCAUAAUUAAUCGUGAAGGACUCUUUCUUUCUUCCA